AUAUGAGAGGGAGAACAAAAAGAGAGAGAUGAUCACAUAUCUGUCUUGGCUCAGAUCUGACUGACUGUUGUGUGGAAUUAUGUGAGGAACAAGGAGAAGGAACAAACAUUUGCCCAGACCUUGAAGUGCGCCAUACAAGAUUUUGCAAAGGGCUACAGAUACAUUUCAACUGCGUUGUCAUUUUUUUUGUUUUUUUUUUUGCUGAGGAAGUCAACUUGAGGGGACCAGAGGUCGAUUUGUCAUUGUUCUGCUGAGGCCUUCUGACACCACAACAGAGCGAUUUGGGACUUGGACUGGCACACAAGAAGCUUUAAAUAACACGAGGAAUGAACAACUCAUACCACUGACGGGUACACCAUUUUUGUAACUAUAGGAGAAUCAACUAUAAUUGACUAAACAUACAAGAAUCAGUCAUGCGUACCUGCGAUCUUACCAUGCUGUUGGCUGUGCUACUAUUGUGGGGGCCACCGUGGUCCAACGGGCAGAAUGACACAGAGCCCAUCAUUCUUGAGGGCAAAUGUUUGGUAGUAUGUGACUCCACACCCUCAUCUGAACCUGCUGGGAACGCCCUGGGCAUGUCUGUUCGCUCGGGGAGCGGCCGAGUCGCUUUUUCCGCCAGCCGCCAGACCAACCACGAACCUACGGACAUGAGCAAUCGCACAAUGAUCAUCUACUUUGAUAAUAUCUUGGUGAACGUGGGCAGUCAUUUUGAUCAAGAGAGCAGCGUCUUCCUUGCACCAAGGCGAGGCGUUUACAGCUUCAACUUCCAUGUUGUGAAAGCCUACAACCGACAGACCAUUCAGGUCAGCUUGAUGGUGAACGGCUGGCCGAUGAUUUCGGCUUUCGCCGGGGACCAGGACGUUACCAGAGAAGCGGCCACAAAUGCUGGUUUGGUGAUCAUGGAGAAGGGGGACAAGGCCUACCUGCGACUGGAGAGGGGCAACCUGAUGGGAGGCUGGAAAUACUCCACCUUCUCCGGCUUCCUGGUCUUCCCCUUGUGAACAAACUGCAAGUCAAAUGUUUGUGAUGGUCAUAGAAGGAAUUUUGUUGGAGUUGAGGGAGAAAAUUGAGUUUUUCGUGCAAACUUCGAGAAAGCAAAACUAUUCCUUAACGGAGAAAAAAGGGAACGGGUGAAGAAGAAGGAGUAGACUAAAUUUGCUUUGCUUGUGCGUACAGUAUAUCCAUUUAUUGACUUUGUAUGACUGAUAUUGGAGUCGUGAACAGUACAAUUAUUGAGUAACCCUGUGCAUUGUGGGCUUCUUUGCAAUUGAUUGUGAACGUUUGUUUGUUUUUUUUCUCUCUCGUUAAUUAUUCAUGUUUGAAGAGGUGCUGUUAUGUCUAUCUUGCAUCGCUAAGCCUAUUUAUGCCUGCAUCAGAUGUUUAUUUACACAGAAAUUUCUAUGAAGAACCAUAUUAAAAUGUAUUACCUAACGCUG